GGCGGCGAUUUCUCAUCGAUUUGACAUUUUCUGUCCGUGGCAAAAGUGCAGGAAGUGGUUUUUCGCGGAUUUCAUCCCCAAAAAGGGCCCUGGAAAAUGUUCUGACUGUCGCGUUGCGUGUAGUGAGAGUUCCGGUUGCGUGUACAUUCGUUAUCUGGGCGGUUGUGUCGCGCGCAUUUCCUUUUAUUUCCACCGCAAUUCGACCUAUAUUUUCGUGUUUUCGGAGGGAGUGUUUUUCCUGGUUCCUCUGCCCACCGAAUCGCUAGGAUGCACCUGAACGCAGACAUCUCGAGCGCCCUGCAGCAGAUUGAGGCCAUCAAGAAGGUCAUCGACGAGUCCGACGACCCGAAGCUGCAGCAAGCGACAAAUGACGACCUGAAGCUGAUUCUGGACAUCCUCACGGAUCCCGUGUUCCGCAACAUUGUGCAGGUGCAGGACUCUCUGGCGGAGCUCAACACGCAGAUCGCCAAGCACCCCUCCAUCCUCGCCGGUGACUUCGACAUCACGGCGUCCGGCGACCUGGUGCUCACCGUGCCCGCGACGCCCGAGUUGUACGCCGAGUAUCCGGACGAGCAGCGCGUGCCCAGCGCCCAGCUGUCGCCCCGCGACUCCGUCAGUCCGUCCACGGUUGCGCACAACUUCAACAGCCUCUCUGGGCCUAUCGGCAGCGUGUCCGACCAGAUCCUGUCCAUGGAGUCGCACCAGUUCUCCUCGCUGACGAAGAAGGACGAGUCGCGCGGCGUGAGCGACGAAGAGCGACCGCAGUCGGCCGUGAGUGAAGCGUCGGCGAAGCAUGCGGACGUGAUCCCAUCCGAGUGGGCGCAGAUCCAGGCGAUCGAGCUGAUCAACGACGGCACGGGCCUGGGCUUCGGCAUAAUCGGCGCGCGCACGGCGGGCGUGAUCGUGAAGACGAUCCUGGCGGGCGGCGUGGCGGAUAGGGACCAGCGGCUGCGCAGCGGCGACCACAUCCUGCAGAUCGGAGACGUGAAUCUGCACGACAUGGUGUCCGAGCAGGUGGCGUCCGUGCUGCGACAGUCCGGCACGCAUGUGCGGCUGGUGGUGGCGCGCCCCGUGGACCCCAUGACGGCCACGCAGGACGUCGAGGGCACGGCGAUCGUGCCGUCGCGCCUUCUCACGGACCCGGCGGAGCUGGAACGCUACUUGAUCGCGGCCGGCUAUCCGGAGAUCUUCGGCGAUACCUCGACGCCGUCCACGCCCACGUCGUCGUCGCAGGCGGAGCAGCGCUUCAAGUAUAGCGGCGACAUCAGCAUGCGGCCCAGGCUGUCGCCGCCUCUGGGCGAACUGGAGCUGCCGGAGACGGAACGCUUCACUGUAGAGCUGACGAAGGACAGCAAUGGCCUGGGCAUCACGAUCGCCGGUUACGUGUGCGAGAAGGAGGAGCUGUCGGGCAUCUUCGUGAAGAGCGUCUCGCCGGGCAGCGCGGCGGACGUGAGCGGGCGGAUUCAGGUGAACGAUCGCAUCAUCGAGGUGGAUGGGCAGUCACUGCAGGGCUUCUCAAACCACGAGGCCGUGGACGUGCUGAAGAAGAGCGGCGCCGUGGUGUGUCUCUGCCUGGAGCGCUAUCUCAGGGGACCAAAGUACGAGCAGCUGCAGCAGGCGAUCGCCGCCAAUGAGCUGAAGCCCUCGACGCCGGCUACGCCGCCGCACGUACAAUAUCCCGGCCGUCCGUUGAGCGCGUCUUCGCACUAUCGCGACGACGAGCGCAAGCACUCGAUCGGCUCUGUGCCGGAUCUGUUGGAGAAGAAGCACUCGAUGGAUGGCGGGCGGAAGCUGGCGCUGGCCAGGGACUCGUUGGAGACGAAGGCGGAGCUGCCGCAGGACGUCGAAGACGAGCUGGGCGAGGACGAGGAGGAACUGAUCGUGCAGCCACGUAAGAUGAGCAUCAUCGAGACGGCCAACAUCGCCACCAUCAACAAGCACAAGUACUUCGUGGAGCCCAUCCUCACGGAGGACAUCGAGGCGGCCAUCCGGAAGAAGUGGCACGCGAUCGUGGGCAACGACGUGAUCAUCGUGGUGGCGCAGAUACGCAAGUUCACGCCCGUCAGUGGCCUGGGCAUCUCGCUGGAGGGCACGGUGGACGUGGAGGGCGGCCGCGAGGUGCGCCCGCACCACUACAUCCGUUCCAUCCUGCCCGAGGGCCCCGUGGGCCAGAACGGGCUGCUGCAGUCGGCCGACGAGCUGCUGGAGGUGAACGGGCAGCGUCUACUGGGUAUGAACCACUUGGAAGUGGUGUCCAUCCUCAAGGAACUGCCGCAGGACGUGCGCAUGGUGUGCGCGCGCGACCGGAACCAGAUGGUGCCAUUCACGGAGGAGAACAUCUGCAAUGCACUCGGCCUGGGCUUCCAGAGCUCGCCCAAUCUCGAAAAUCUCACGCCGGCGUCCGAGCGAUUGGUGAAGGCCAAGUCUGACGGCAGUCUGGCCACGUCGGCGUCCAGCCAAACGGACGAGAAUUUCGUCAAGAUGAAGUCCAGAUCCCUGGAGCCUCUGACCGGCCUGGCGAUGUGGAGCUCUGAGCCGCAGAUCAUUGAGCUGGUGAAGGGCGAGCGCGGCCUGGGCUUCUCCAUUCUGGACUACCAGGACCCGCUGGACUCCAACGACACGCUCAUCGUCAUCCGCUCGCUGGUGCCGGGCGGCGUGGCGCAGCUCGACGGGCGCCUGAUCCCGGGCGACCGGCUGCUGUUCGUGAACGACAUCAACCUGGAGAACGCGUCGCUCGAUCAGGCCGUGCAGGCGCUGAAGGGCGCUGCCAAGGGUGUGGUGCGCAUCGGCGUGGCGAAGCCGCUGCCCAUGACGGACACGUCGGCGAUCCAGCUGGGCGAGCGGCCGGUGGACUUGAGCGGCAGGCAGGACGCGAAGGCGGAAUGGCACCACAAAUAAUAUUGGGUUAUACCCAGGACCGAUUUUGAGGAAUUUCUCACGCUGUACAGGCGUCUCAUGCGAUUGGCGGACUUCUUUCAGCACACGCAAACGGUGUCGCUGGGCGGGAAGGCGAAUUAUAGGUGUUAAGAGCCCGUCCUUUUACUUGUUUCAUCCUCACUUCCGUUGUGAUUCAUCCAAGACAGACUCUAUCACACAUUCCACACAUUUUGUUGGUCACAGUCCUCAAAAAUCGGUUGCAGGGAAACGCGAAUUGCUGUGUUAUAUGGGGGGUAAAAAGGAAAACAAGCUCUUCGAACUUAACGAACGUAAUUUAGGAGAAAAUGGUUGGGAUUAAAAGAUGCAAUUGGGCGCGAUUGAAGUGAAAAACCACCUCUUUUUGGAUUGACUUUGAGCUCUUUGAGAAUAUUUUGUGUAGAUUGUAAGGAAUUGGAAUCAUCGUUCUGAAUUAAAAAUGGGAAUUUGUAGAAAAAUUGUAGCAUAAAGCAUGGAAAACCUCCUCUGCUCACGAGAAAAAAAAGAAGAAAAAUAGGGAAUUAAUGAUCCUAAGAAAAUAAGCUAAUCGAUAGUGAAGAAAAAACUGCAACAGGAAUUUUAGAGACAUCACGCAAAACCGCUUUACGCUGCAUGAAAAAAAACCACUCAGAAACACAACAAAGCAAGCAUUAGAGUAAAGAAAAAAGACAAAAACACUCCCAAAAAGCUCCAAUAUUGCUGAUGAGAUGUUAGUGCAAUUUGCCAGAGGAAAUCACUCACGAUGAAUAAGAAACUUGUUACAUUUUUCAGUACUUAACUAUUCCAGUAUUAAGACAAUUACAUUAAUGUAGUUUUCUUUCAUUGAUCUUCUCUUAUUCUGUUGUUGUUCGAGUAAUAUUUCCCUCUCUUAAUUGUGUUUUGUUUUUCAUUGAAAGUUAAGAGAUCUUCAAUGGGAAUAUAUCGGGUGGGAAUGAAAGGAGAAAAAAAAACAAUUUUAGAUAGUGUUUAA